GCGUGAUAGGUUGCGUCCUUGGCUCAGGGGCUAGAGGCGGCGGUUGGGGAGGGGGGAUACGCGUAGUGAAGGCUCGGGCACUGUGCAGUUUAAUUCGAAUUAAGCAUUCGGGGGAGGGGAAAGCCCCAGUGAGAGCGCGGGGGGUGUUGGCAGAGUGCUGGAGGCAGGCUGUUCGGAUAGGUCAGCGCAGUGUCUAGGCAGAGCUCGCUCCGGGUUGGCGCUCCGCCUCUCUCCGGUUUUCCCGCCUCUUUCACUCAAGCCGCUGACCGCCAUUAAACCGAGCUAUUAGCAGCAGGCAGGGAGCGAGGCCUCGAUCUGUCCUAUCUGCUCCAAGGAGAAGCCGCCUGGGCCCUGUGUUUCCCCCCGCGGCCUGGUACACAGCGAGCCGCCGCCAGCCCCAUCGCCGAGACCCGCACCGACCCUCCGGAGCCAUGUCCAGGCCGGUCAGGAACAGGAAGGUGGUCGACUACUCACAGUUUCAGGACUCUGAUGAUGAAGACUAUGGAAGAGCUGCAGCACCACCUACAAAGAAAUCUCGUGCAUCACGCAGAGAGGUUAAAGAAAAGAAAAGGCCUGUAAAAAAUUCACAGGAAGAGAGUGAGGAGUCUGAAAAAGACACAAAGAAAGCCAAAAAAGAAGAGGACAACUCUGCAGAGGAAGACAUUGGUAGUGAUGAUGAAGUUGCAGCAGGUGAUGGUAAAGCCGAUAGUGACUAUGAGAGCCCCCAAAAAAGUAAAAUGGUCAAAAAGCCUACACCUGACAAGAAGAGGACUCCAAAAUCAAGGAAGAAAACUUCCCCAGAUGAUAGUGAUGAUGAAAAAGAUAAACGCAAAAAUGUCCGCCAGCAAAGACAAGCCGCAUCCAAAGCUGUUUCUAAGCAGAGGGAAAUGUUGAUGGGUGAUGCGGGCAGUGAAGAGGAGGAGCCAGAGGAGGAGGAAGAAGCACAAUUUCUAGAAAAGGAUUCAGGCAGUGAUGAGGAUUUCAUGGUGGAAGAUGAUGAUGACAGUGAUUAUGGUCGCUCCAAAAAGAAGAAGAAGGUGGUUAAAAAAUCUAAACCAGAGCGAAGGGAGAGAAAAGUACCUAAGCCACGACUAAAAGCCACAGAUGAAGACUAUGGAAGAGCUGCAGCACCACCUACAAAGAAAUCUCGUGCAUCACCCAGAGAGGUUAAAGAAAAGAAAAGGCCUGUAAAAAAUUCACAGGAAGAGAGUGAGGAGUCUGAAAAAGAUACAAAGAAAACCAAAAAAGAAGAGGACAACUCUGCAGAGGAAGACAUUGGUAGUGAUGAUGAAGUUGCAGCAGGUGAUGGAAAUGCCGAUAGUGACUAUGAGAGCCCCCAAAAAAGUAAAAUGGUCAAAAAGCCUACACCUGACAAGAAGAGCACUCCAAAAUCAAGGAAGAAAACUUCCCCAGAUGAAGACUAUGGAAGAGCUGCAGCACCACCUACAAAGAAAUCUCGUGCAUCACCCAGAGAGGUUAAAGAAAAGAAAAGGCCUGUAAAAAAUUCACAGGAAGAGAGUGAGGAGUCUGAAAAAGAUACAAAGAAAACCAAAAAAGAAGAGGACAACUCUGCAGAGGAAGACAUUGGUAGUGAUGAUGAAGUUGCAGCAGGUGAUGGAAAUGCCGAUAGUGACUAUGAGAGCCCCAAAAAAAGUAAAAUGGUCAAAAAGCCUACACCUGACAAGAAGAGCACUCCAAAAUCAAGGAAGAAAACUUCCCCAGAUGAAGACUAUGGAAGAGCUGCAGCACCACCUACAAAGAAAUCUCGUGCAUCACCCAGAGAGGUUAAAGAAAAGAAAAGGCCUGUAAAAAAUUCACAGGAAGAGAGUGAGGAGUCUGAAAAAGAUACAAAGAAAACCAAAAAAGAAGAGGACAACUCUGCAGAGGAAGACAUUGGUAGUGACGAUGAUGUUGCAGCAGGUGAUGGAAAAGCCGAUAGUGACUAUGAGAGCCCCAAAAAAAGUAAAAUGGUCAAAAAGCCUACACCUGACAAGAAGAGCACUCCAAAAUCAAGGAAGAAAACUUCCCCAGAUGAUAGUGAUGAUGAAAAAGAUAAACGCAAAAAUGUCCGCCAGCAAGGACAAGCCGCAUCCAAAGCUGUUUCUAAGCAGAGGGAAAUGUUGAUGGGUGAUGCAGGCAGUGAAGAGGAGGAGCCAGAGGAGGAGGAAGAAGCACAAUUUCUAGAAAAGGAUUCAGGCAGUGAUGAGGAUUUCAUGGUGGAAGAUGAUGAUGACAGUGAUUAUGGUCGCUCCAAGAAGAAGAAGAUGGUUAAAAAAUCAAAACCAGAGCGAAGGGAGAGAAAAGUACCUAAGCCACGACUAAAAGCCACAGUAACACCAAGUCCAGUAAAGGCCAAAGCAAAAACUCGCCCAGCCUCAAAGGCACCCAAGGAGAAAUCUCCGUCGCCUAAAGCAGAGGAAGAAGAGGAGGAGGAGGAUGAUCCUGAGACACCCCCACCAAAGAAGAAACCUGCAAGCCAGGAGAAGUCUGGAGAAGAGGGUUCUGAUGAAGAAGCUCAGUCCGCGGAGGACUAGCCUGUUGUGUUUAGGGAGGGGUGGGUUGGGUAUGUGGGUGUGAGGGUGAAUAUUGGGAAGAUUUUAUUAAAAAAUACAAAAAACAAAAGGAAAAAAAAAGGAAAAAAGAAGCCAGGUUGGGGAUAAAACAUGAUUAAGGCAACUGCUUGACUCGUGCACCACCAAUUCUGUCUUUCAUUUGUUUUAAGAGUUACAUAUGCGCUUUUUUUAUUUUUAUUUUAUUUUUUAUUCAGCAGAAGGUGAACCUUUUUGCCAUUGGGGGGUUAAUGGUCAGUCUUUCCCAUCACCUGUAUGAAAUAAAGCCAUGCACAUUUUUAAUAAGUUUGCAUUGGUAAGAUGUAUGUCUGUUUUUUUUGUUUUGUUCUUUUUUUUUUUUUUUUUUUAAUAUAUAUAUAUUAAUUGAGGUGUCUAGUUGUAGGAUUUCUUUGCUGAAAGUUGAGCUCCCCUGUAUGUACUUUAGUACUAGGUUUUCAGCAUGUGUUUAUGUUCAGUCCCCUUGUUACUUUUUUACCUCACACUAAUGGGGUCAACAAUGUUUUGCAAAGUAUUGGUAUAAUGCAGUGACUCUUAUGCCUCCUUCAUUUGGCAUGUUUUUAAAUACUUUUGGGCUAAUGAAAUGGCAAUAUUUUACUGCGAUUGACUUUGUAGAAGGAAAACAGCUUCAACCUCUAUUUUUGUAUAUAGUCUAAGGUUUCUUCCUUUUUAGGCUGUGGACCAUCACAAUCUUAGACCAAAUACAUGUUUGAAGAAGUUCAUAUAAUUUUACUAUAUUGUACUCCCAGUCAGUAUCCUAACAUCAAUAAAAAUCUGCCAAAUGUACUCUUCUAGUGGA